AUGGUAGUUUCAUUACCCACUGAACCCACUGUUGUGUACGAGAUAUCAUUGAAAAUAUCAUUUGAGGAGUUCUUGAGUUUAACCGCAACCAUGACCACCACCACCACCACUCAGCAAAGUUAUGUCGUGUACUCACUAUCGCCCGAUCCGUAUCCCGACGCCGAUGAACGCCCGGUGCGAUACGACGGCUACGAUAAAAAGUUUGCCACAACUUUAUGUCUGUUCACAAUCAUCGCAUCUGUGGUACUGAUCUGUCUAUUCUUCCUCAUCGGCCACUCAUUCGCAUACAUACUGCUCAUCAUAAUCAUCAUACUAUUGGUGGCCCUAUUCAUCGCAUACCGGGUCCGGAGGCCGGCCAUACUGUUCCCACUCAGGACCACCACAUCAGUAAAGUUUCCCAAUUCUUACGCCAUGCAUGUGAUACCGGGGCCCCAAUUGCCUCAUAUAUAUCGCACGGACAGCCCUGACAAUAAACACGUUAAUUUCGGUGGGGUAUACUUGUAUCCCAAUGGUGCUAAUGUUGGUGCUACCGGUGCUGCCGUGUAUCCGGCACCCGCACCU